CGGUCAGUAUAUAUUCUGAUUAGAGUGCGAAAAUCGAGGCGAAAGGGGUAAUAUAACGUCCUUUUCGGCUUUGAAUAAUUUGCAGUUUUCAUGAAAUUAUACCUGAAAUACUGUUGCUUCAAAAUUUCCUAAAACAAAGGGCUAUUAUACCUGCAGACAUUUUCACAAAUUGUUCCCGCCAUAGCCGAAGCCGAGUGUGUCUGACGGGCAACGUGAACCGUGAUUCAUGGAUGAAUGAAAACAUGGUGGCUGUCAUCUCGUGAACAUUCUGUUCUAAAAUUCCUUCCACUGAUUAACUAAUUCAAGAUGGCCGGAAAACCAGCACAGGUGAACACACUACUGCAGUAUAGGUUUGUGAAGAAAUCAGAGAGCAGGCUUUCACAUAGCGGAGAAUCGAAUUGUUCUGAUUCAGCAGAAGAAGAAAUCAACAAUGGAAACGGAAGAACGGCAUCUCAAGAAAGUACGCAAGAGUAUGUGUACAGUCCACCAAGCACAACUACCGUACCAGAGUCUUCUAUGGCAGGGUCAAGCUUCCCAAGUAGUCCGACGUCUCCGGUGUUUAUGUCAAAGAAAGUGAUUCGACCCUUGUCUAUUGAAUCAGAUGAGUCUCAGGAUACCGGCGGGACUCCAUGGCUGUCCAAACAACAGGGGAAACAGAAUCAUAUCAUCAAUGGUUCUUCUUGUAAAGACAAACUGAAAAAAUUCAGGAGACUUAAACCUAUGUCUGACAGCGACUCAGAUGAUGCUUCCACCGUGUCUAGACAAACUCCAAGGGAGGAAUUCACGCGCAGUCGCAUUGAGAAGAUCAACCACCUGAAGAGCAUGUUUCCGAUCCGAGCCAGUAGUCAGCUUGGUGAUGCAGUGGACCUGUUUGACGGAGAUGUUGAACAGAUUGUCACCUCACUAAUGAGUGGGAAGUUUGACAGGGAAUUGGUUGACAGAAAGCGAAAGCGUGCCUGUGAGGAGAGUUCUCCACCUCUUGAUCGUCGCCCUUUUAAGCGUAUCCGUAUUGUACAGAGUAGUGACAGUGUAGAAACAGUAUCUCCAAACAGCUCCCAGUCCACUCAACUUGACUCACAGACACAGGAUCAGAGGCUUGGAACUUUAUUGGAGGCAUUUCCUGACAAGCCUAAUGAGGUGCUGCUGAAAGCCCUAGAGGACCAUAACUGGUCUACGGAAGAUGCUAUGCUGGCAUUGUCAUCUCGGGUCCAGAAUGGGAAUGAUUCAAAAAGCAAGAAAAAGGAGAAAAAGAAGGUAUCCAGAAGGGACGAAGAUCUGUCAGAUGAGGAUGAUGAUUAUCUUGAUGAUGGCUGGGACAGUGAUGAUAGCAUGGAAGAGGAGGAAGCAAUGGGCCAGACAGAGAUGAUCCUGUCAUUCUUCGAGGGCGCCACAGUGGAGGAGCUGAUGACCGUACCAGGGUGUUCCCGGAAGAAGGCGGAUCUGAUUAUCACACAACGGCCGUUCAGCAGCUGGGACAAUCUGGUGCAGAAGUUCGAGUCCACAAAGUCGCUGUCGUACAACCUGAUCAGUGGCUGCAAGGAGACCAUCCAUGUCCGAGCAAUUGUCACCAAACUGAUGAAGAGAUGUGAGAAGAUUGCAGAGGAGAUGGAGUCUGUUGUGUCCAGCUUGACCGAUCCCUCAGCAUCAGGGACAGAGACGGACAGAAUCACCAGGCAGCCCGACCUUCUCAGUAAAACGUUUGAACUGAAGCCAUAUCAGAUGAUUGGACUGAACUGGCUGCGUAUCAUGCACUCUCAAGAGCUAAAUGGCAUCCUUGCUGAUGAAAUGGGUUUAGGGAAGACAAUUCAGGCAAUUGCCUUCCUCACCCAUCUCAUAGAGCAAGGUGACACCGGACCACAUGUCAUCAUCGUACCUUCAUCAACAAUAGAUAACUGGUUACGGGAGGCCAGGAACUGGUGCCCAUCGAUGAAGGUGAUCAUGUACUAUGGCAGUCAGGAUGAACGUCGAGUUGUCCGCCAUCGGAUCCUCAUGGAUGGAAAGAGAAACUUCAAUGUUUUACUCACUACGUACACAAUAGCUACAGGGUCCGUGGAAGACCGGUCACUCUUCAAGAAAUGUGCCUUCCACUACGCUGUGUUUGAUGAGGGGCACAUGCUGAAAAACAUGGCAUCUCUGCGCUUUCAGAAUCUGAUGAAGAUUAGGGCUGAGCGUCGCCUCCUGCUGACAGGGACCCCACUACAGAACAACUUGGUGGAACUGAUGUCACUGCUCUGUUUUGUCAUGCCAGAGCUCUUCAUCGGGAAAACAGAACCGCUGAAAAGGAUAUUUGCCAUGAUUAGUCGAGAUGACAGUCAGGGUCGCUAUGAGAAAACUAGAAUAGCACAAGCUAAGAGGAUCAUGAAGCCUUUUCUACUGAGAAGACUCAAAAGUGAGGUUCUGAAGCAACUGCCCAAAAAGACCGAGGAGGUAGUCCGGUGUCCGAUGAUCCCAGACCAGCAGGAGCUGUACGAGUCCCUGAUUGGCCAGUACGCCCGCCAGAUGGACAGCAGUGACAGCCCUAAUGGUGGCAUGUCCAUGUUCAUGCAGCUCCGCAAGGUGGCCAACCAUCCGCUGCUAGUGCGCAACCACUACACAGAUGAGAAGCUUAUGGCCAUGUCCAAACAGAUUGCCAAGGAGCCAUCCCACAGAGACAGAGGAGCACUGCCCCACCUCAUACAGGAAGAUAUGGCUGUACUGAACGACUUUGAUAUAAACAAUCUCUGCCACCAAUACAAGAAAUAUAUAGGUUCCUUUGCAUUAGACAUCAACCUGAUCUCUGAAUCAGGAAAGUUCCGGAUGCUGGAUGAUCUGCUGGAGAAGUUUGAGAGACAGGGUGACCGAGUUUUACUGUUUAGUCAGUUUGUGAUGAUGCUGGACAUCAUGGUGCCCUACCUUAACGAAAAGGGGAUACGUUUCUUGAGACUUGAUGGAUCUACACCAGUCCCAGAGAGACAACGGCUGAUAGAUGAGUUCAACAACGAUCCUGAGAUCAUAGUCUUCCUGCUGUCUACACGGGCGGGCGGCCUCGGCAUCAACCUGACAGCAGCCAACGUGGUUAUACUACACGACAUAGACUUUAACCCAUACAACGACAAGCAGGCAGAGGAUCGAUGUCACAGACUUGGGCAGACAAAGAACGUGAAGAUUGUGCGACUAUUGAGUCGGGACACGGUUGAAGAGGGCAUGUUCCGAUGUGCCCAGGAGAAACUCAAGUUGGAGAGAGACGUGACAAAGUCAGAUAAAGGUGAAAAUGAAGAGGAUACAAGUGAUGUGGUGUCCCUACUGAAACAGGCAUUCGCUGAAUACAAGAAGAAAACCUCAUGACACCAUCACAUCGUAGAUCAUCGUUCAUCACAUCACCAAUCAUCAGCAUCUCGUGCAUUUCACAAUCAGAAUGUGCUAUGUCAUGUUUAAGCUUUCAUCAGUGUGUGUUGCACUUCAGACUUGCCAUCCAGGCUUUAUCCAGAACUUCCCUCAAGUCUCUAUUUAUUGAUCCGCUUCAGGGGGAUCUUACAGAUUCAGUAAACCUCAUUUUGUAGAAAACGCCAUGGAUCACUGCUACAGUAAUCUUUUGUCUCAAGAGGAAAAUGAAGUUGUAUAUAUCUGUGAACGAAAUGAAGUUGGUACAAAAGUGGCACUGCACACUGGAUUCAGUUAAUGAAAAUUUUAAAAUAUACAAAAAGUGAAAAGUGAAAUUAAAAAGUGAAGUGUCAUCUGGGUAUUUUUUCCUAUCUUGCCAUCUAUGCCCAAGGAAGGUAUCAUCAAGUCAUCUCCUUUCUUUAACCCUAAGAUUUCUGGCUUAGAAUAGGGUCCCAGCAUUCAAGAUGCUGGUUGCUGUAGCGAUCUAUUUGAUCAGUGCUAUCGGUUGGUGACUUGAUUGAUAGCAUGUCAUCGUGACCUAGUCACUGCUCAUGAUAUCAGUACCUGGAUAUGUCUGAUUCAGGCCACUCAUAUACAUGUUUACAAAUGGAAUAUUGCUGAGAUUGGCAUGACAUGAAAAGAGACACGUGUAUAUACUCACCCUUCUUUACCAGAUGAGGUAAAUAUGUCUUUCUGAUUAUUUUGUAUUUCACAUGAUAGUUUAAGUUAAACUUGAUGUGAUUAGUUAAUUUUGUCUGAAAUUUUAAAACAAAAUAGACUGUUACUCACUGUGCCAUGUGACAUUUCCACACUCAAAAAUAAAUCUGUUGCAGUA